AUGGGAGUGUCAUGUGGUAACUUAAAUGGAGAAGGCGAAAGUGCUUUGAAGAAGCACAUGCUUACUGAUAGACACAAGAAGCGCAUGAAAGAGGAUUGUGACAGUGACAUAUGGGAUGACACAGCCCUGAUUGCAGCAUAUGACGCAGCUGUUGCACCUCUGAAGGCUAAGCUAGCAGAGCGCACAGGCGACACCUCUCUUCUGGACGUACAUAAGGCCCAGAUGCAGACUCAUCAAAAGAAGAAGAAAAAAAAGAAGAAGUCAAGGAAGAAGCAAGUCAAUGGAUGGGCAGUGGGUGACUACUGUCAAGCUGUAUAUACACAGGAUGGUGAGGUGUAUGAAGCACGAAUUAUAUCUAUCAACGCUGAACACAGGACAUGUGUAGUGCGCUACCUUGGCUAUGGCAAUGAAGAGGAACAGAGUUUGGAAGAUUUAAUACCAAGCAGUAGUUCUGGCAGUAAAAAACAUAGACCAAAGCACCAUGAAAACAACACAGUGUCUGCAAGCGAAACAGAUAGCAUGGACACGUCCAGACACAGUGCUUGCAGUAACAGAGGCACAAAGAGUGGAAAACAAGAUUCAGCAAGUCAUAAGUCGGCUCAUACUAGCUCUAAUGUCUGGAACUGGCCUGGUUUUUCGCACUUGGGCAGCAGUAAUCUACCUCCAGCACCACCAAUGUUUCCAGGGGUUCCACCCUUUGGCCCAUUUGGAGGGUUCUCCCAUCCAGCAUUUGGGGGUGGAUGUGCCUCAUCAGUUCCACCAAUGAUGGUGCCUCCUCCUCCACCACCAAUGCUGCAGGAUGUUGUUGAGGAUGAAAAUGAAGCUCUGUGCAGCAUGUUACUUGCAUGGUACAUGAGUGGAUAUCACACGGGAUAUUAUCAGGGACUACGCUACUGCAAACAUGAUUACACAGCAAGUGCAUCUUCAGCGUCAAUGACACAUAGAUAGUGAACAAGUGCGGCAGCAUGUGAACAAGCAUCACUUUAUGGAUCCACACAUGACCAGUGUGUCUUGCAACUAGCAGAGAGUGGGGACUAGUGAAUGCCCCAGCAUGCCAGUAGUAAAUUUGGGGAAUGAGACGGGAACGUGUGUUUGUGUGUGUGUGCUCAUGCCAGAUUGUUAAUAAAUGAAUUUCAACUGCA